AUGGUCCGCUGCAGUCUUCCUGCCUUGGCGAAGGGCGAUCAGACACUGGGACGGCUCUCUUCGCUGGAUGCGUGCUGGAAGACCUUGUGGAUUUCUUCGGCGAAGAUCAGGCAGAUGGAGAAGGAAAUGGCCAUGGGUGUAGAUGAGAUAGAAAAAAACAAGUCUAUUGAUGAGAGGCCCAAAUGGGACAAUAAGGUUCAGUACCUCCUCACCUGCAUUGGAUUUGCUGUGGGUCUCGGCAAUGUGUGGCGAUUCCCUUACUUAUGUCAGGUUUAUGGAGGAGGUGCUUUCCUGAUCCCUUACCUGAUUGCACUGGUAUUCGAGGGACUGCCGCUGCUGCAUCUUGAGCUUGCCAUUGGGCAGCGAUUGCGUAUGGGAAGCAUCGGCGUGUGGAACUCCAUAUCACCCUACCUUGGGGGUGUAGGUAUAGCGUCCAUGAUAGUUUCCUUCCUAGUUGGUCUAUUUUACAACACCAUCCUGGCCUGGGUACUCUGGUACUUCUUCCACUCAUUUCAAGAUCCUCUUCCCUGGAGAGAUUGUCCAAUCAAUGAAAACCAAACAGGAUAUGUGACAGAAUGUGAGAAAAGCUCACCUGUGAACUACUUCUGGUAUCGUGAGACUCUGAACAUUACACCUAACAUCGAGGAUAGUGGCUCUUUGCAGUGGUGGCUAGUGCUGUGUCUAGCCACCGCCUGGUGCCUUGUCUAUAUCUGCUUUAUCCGUGGCAUCGAGACCAUUGGCAAGGCAGUGUACAUCACAGCCACAUUCCCCUACCUUGUCCUCACCAUUUUCCUGAUCAGGGCUCUCACCUUGCCUGGUGCUACGUCGGGCUUGGUCUACCUCUUCUCCCCAGAUUGGGAGACAUUGAAAAAUCCGAGGGUGUGGUUGGAUGCUGCCACUCAGAUCUUCUUCUCCCUGUCCCUGGCUUUUGGUGGCCUCAUUGCUUUCUCCAGCUACAAUCCUCAGAAAAAUAAUUGUGAACAAGAUGCUCUAAUAGUUGGAUGCAUAAAUAGUGCAACCUCCAUCUAUGCCUCCAUUCCCAUAUUUGCUAUUCUUGGGUUCAAGGCAAAUUCUAACUUGAAUCAGUGCCUACAUACCAAUAUCCUGUCCCUGACGAAUGCGUUUAACAUUGCGGAUAUGAACAUAACACUGGAAAACUAUGACUUCUGGCUGGAAGACCUAAAUGCAACCAAUCCUGAAAAGGUUGCAAGCCUCAAUCUGGAAAGCUGUGUUCUGGAAGAGUUCCUGAAACAGAGUGCGUCAGGGACAGGCCUGGCCUUCAUCGUGUUCACAGAGGCAGUGAUCAAUAUGCCAGGCUCCCAGGUGUGGGCCGUGCUCUUCUUCCUUAUGCUCUUCAGUCUGGGCCUCUCCUCCAUGUUUGGAAACCUGGAGGGGGUCCUCACCCCCCUGCUGGACCUGCAUUUGGUGCCCAGCUGGAUUCCUAAAGAGGUUUUCACAGGACUGAUGUGUCUCGUCUCCUUCUGCGUGGCCCUGAUCUUCACAUUGGGCUCAGGGAACUACUGGCUGGAGAUUUUCAACAACUAUGUGGGGUCUGUGCCCCUGCUCAUCAUAGCCUUCUUUGAGAUCAUCGCUGUGGUUUACGUCUACGGAAUUGGCAGGUUCAGUGACGAUAUUGAGUGGAUGACGGGGAAGAGACCCAACCUUUACUGGCAGAUCACAUGGAGGUUCAUCAGCCCUGUGAUGCUGCUGGUGGUCUUCCUGGCGUACAUCGUGGUCCAGGCUAGCACAGUGCCCACAUAUCCUGCAUGGAACAAAGACUACGAACACUUUCCGAAAUACGAAGUUCUGCCCUACCCAGACUGGGUGUUUGGGAUCUGCGUUCUGCUGUCCUCCAUCGCUUGUAUCUUCAUCCCCAUCGUCGCUAUCUACAGGUUCGGCGGGUUCCUAUGGAAACGCGCAAGAAAGUCACGGGAUGCAGUGGCCUAUGAUAACAAUGGCUAUGUGACAGAUUUGUAG